UCCGCGACUGGUGGAGGACGGAGAAACCCGGGGGCGCCAUCUCUCGCAAGGUGACAGUUUCCCCUUCGCGCACCCAGGUCUCCGUCACACAAGCCAGGUCGACCCCCUGCGAGGUGAAGAAAUCUCGCAGGGUGGCGGUUUUGUUGCCUAUAUUCCUGGCAUUGCACAACACCAGUGACGGAGGUGAGUAA